CCUCGGGGUGGACGCGCUGGUUCCCUCGGAAAGGUGCUGUCAUGCUGGCUCCCGUGGUGUACUUGGUAGCGGCAGCUCUGCUUGUCGGCCUUAUCCUGUUCUUGACUUGCAGCCGAGGUCGGGCGACAGCAGCCAGCCAAGAGUCACAGCAGAAUGAAGGGGAGCCGGUUGUAACUGGCCGGGAGGCCCAGUGUGGGUGCCUGGGGCCUGAGGAGCAGAGAGCCGAGGGCAGGCCCCGGCGCCGGAGGGACCUGGGCAGCCGUCUGCUGGUCCAGCGUCGAGCCCAGCGGGUGGCGCAGGCAGAAGUGGAUGAGAACGAGGACGAGGCAGUCACCCCAGCCCAGGAGGAAGAAGGCAUUGAGAAGCCAGUGGAAACUCAUGUGUCAGGGAAAAUUGGAGCCAAGAAACUACGGAAGCUGGAGGAGAAACAGGCGCGAAAAGCUCAGCGCGAGGCAGAGGAGGCAGAGCGUGAGGAGCGAAAGCGCCUGGAGUCCCAGCGUGAGGCGGAAUGGAGGAAGGAGGAGGAGCGGCUUCGCCUAGAGGAGGAGCAGAAGGAGGAGGAGGAGAGGAAGGCCCGGGAGGAGCAGGCCCAGCGGGAGCAUGAAGAGUACCUGAAACUGAAGGAGUCCUUCGUGGUGGAGGAGGAGGGCGUGGGCGAGACCAUGACUGAGGAACAGUCCCACAGCUUCCUGACAGAGUUCAUCAAUUACAUUAAGCAGUCCAAGGUGGUGCUCUUGGAAGACCUGGCUUCCCAAGUGGGCCUGCGGACUCAGGACACAAUCAACCGCAUCCAGAAUCUGCUGGCUGAGGGGACUCUGACAGGUGUGAUUGACGACCGGGGAAAGUUCAUCUACAUAACCCCAGAGGAACUGACUGCUGUGGCCAACUUCAUCCGACAGCGGGGCCGGGUGUCCAUCACUGAGCUUGCCCAGGCCAGCAACUCCCUCAUUGCCUGGGGCCGGGAUGCCCCCACCCAGGCCCCAGCCUGACCCUAGCCCGUCCCUCUUGGACUCUGAGCUGGCUUGGCCUACCUGGCCAGACAUCCUCCUCCCUCCCCACUGUCCUGGGACAGUGAUGGCGUGUGGCUGGGCAAUUACAGAUUAAAGGCCCGUGAGCACUGCGGAGCUUGGUGUGGCUUGGUGUGGUGGAGGCCUGUCCUGGGAUCUCAGACAAGGAGGUAUAAUCUAGAUCUCCACAUAUAUCCAAGAGGAGGGAAGGGUCUCUUGGAGGCAGAUAGGAAGUCACUUUUUUAUCAUGUGUUCAUGCAUCCAAAAAAA